AUGGCGGACAACGCUGAGGGUCCCUCCAAAAGUGCCCUUAAAAAGGCAGAAAAGCAAGCCAAACAGGCCGCUGAGAAAGCCGCAAAAGCAGCAAAACAAGCAGCCCUUCCUAUUGUGGGAGGCAAGAAGUCGGAGGACAUAAUCGGUAUGACAGUCACCAAGGUGGGCAACUUUUCGGCCUGGUAUCAGGAGGUCGUUAUCAAGGCAGAGAUGAUCGAGUAUUACAAUGAAAUCGCUGGCUUCUUUAUCUUGCGUCCUACUUCCAUGUUCAUCUGGGCGGAAAUCCGAAAGUGGUUCCAAGAGCGAAUUGAGUUACUGGGCGUGGAGGAGACAAGCUUCCCUAUGUUCUUAUCCGCCAAGUCACUAGAGAAGGAGAAGGAUCAUGUCGAGGGCUUUGCUCCUGAGCUUGCUUGGUUCACCUGCCCUUAUCUGCACAGUGGAGAUAAAGACCUCGAAGUCCCAGUCGCCGUUCGUCCUACCUCUGAAGCUGUCAUGUACCCUUACUAUUCAAAGUGGAUUCGAAGUCAUCGCGACCUUCCCUUCCGACUCAACCAAUGGAACAGUGUCGUCCGGUGGGAGGCCAAGCAGACAACACCAUUCUUACGAGCCAGAGAGUUUCUGUGGCAAGAGGGACAUACUGCGCAUCUGACAGAGGAACUGGCUGGUGUGGAAGUUCUAGAGAUUCUUGAGCUCUACGCUGGAGUCUAUGAGCAAUUGCUUGCGGUUCCUGUUGUGCGAGGCCGUAAGACUGAAAAGGAGAAGUUCGCAGGAGGAUACUACACUACAACUGUUGAAGGCUACAUCCCCUCCAAUGGCCGUGGUAUUCAAGGUGGAACAUCUCAUUGUUUGGGCCAAAAUUUCAGCAAAAUGUUCGACAUCAAAAUCGAGGAUCCCAAUCCAAAGGAAGGCGAGAAGGCCAAGCAUCUCCACGUUUGGCAAAACUCUUGGGGUCUCUCAACGCGUGUUAUUGGUGUUAUGGUCAUGAUUCACGGUGAUGACAAAGGUCUUGUUCUUCCCCCAAGAAUCGCCAAGCUACAAGCUAUCAUCAUCCCCGUCGGCAUCAACAAGAAUACCUCUCCAGAGGACAAGAAGAAGCACUACGACGACUUACAAGACAUCAAGGAUACUCUUAAGAAGGCAGGAGUACGCUCUGAUUAUGACAUCCGCGAUGGCUACACUCCGGGCUGGAAGUUCAGUGAUUGGGAGCUGAAGGGUGUCCCCCUCCGCCUCGAAUACGGUCCCAAGGAUGCCGCCCAAAAAGUCAUCUCUUUUGCCCGCCGAGAUACUGGUGAAAAGGGUACCAUCGACAUCGCCUCUCUCUCAACCGAGAUCCCCACACUUCUCGAGAAGAUCCAGAGCGACAUGUACACCAAAGCCGAAGCCUCGUUCCGCGCCCACCGUAUCAACAUUACGAAUUGGGAGGAGGUAGUUCCAUCAUUGGAUGCGAAGAACGUAGUGUUGAUUCCUCACUGCCUGGCCGAGAAGUGCGAAGACAAGAUCAAGGACCUAACGGCAGGAAAGGCGGACGAGCAGGAGGGACCUGCUGAGCUGAAGGCUCCUUCAAUGGGAAUGAAGAGUCUCUGUAUUCCAUUUGAGCAGCCUGCUGGGAUUGAGAAGGGUGUUACGAAGUGUCUGAAUCCUGAGUGUGGUGCGUUGGCCGAGCAGUGGUGCAUGUUUGGCCGGAGUUACUAG